CUCCUCGUUCACUUUUUUAGCCUGACGCAGUAUUCCAAUUCCUGUUCACACAAUCUCCUCUAUUCCGGUAUUAUUUACUCAUCUAGCAUACUUGUGUGACUCAAAGCCAUCACGAUGAGUCAACCCAACCCCUACAUUCUGGCCGCCGAAAACCCCUCCGCUCUUCUGACUCUUUUGGGCUCGAAUCCCUCCAUCGCUUCCGGUCAGGAUGAGCACGGUUACUCAUUACUCCAUGCUGCCGCUUCUUAUGGCCACAUCGAUCUUCUGCGCGCUCUUGUGAAAGAGUUUAAGGUGGAUGUCAACCUUCUCGACGAAGAUGGGGAGACCUGCCUGUUCGUGACGGAAAGUGUCGAAAUUGCGAGAUGUCUUGUCGAAGAACUCGGUGUUGAUUACAGCAAGAGAAACGAUGAGGGUCUGGCCGCGUAUGAGACUAUUGAAAAUGACGACUCGUUCCCCGAAGUUGCAGCCUAUCUGCGGCAAGUAGCCGGCGUCCCAGCCCCCGCCCCUGCAGACACUUCGGCGGAGGCGGCCUUGAACCAGCCUCCUCCUCUGCCUGCAAACCUCCAGCUUAAUCUGGGCACGGUGUCGGAGCAAGAGGCCAAUGCGGGGAUUGACCAGGUGGACCCCGAGUUCAAGCGCCGGAUCGAUGAGCUGGCCGCACGAGAAGACUUUCACAGUGAAGCUACGCAGGCUCAAUUGCGGGCGCUUGUCAUGGAUGCCAUCCGAGGCUCUAGUAUCGAGACCGAUGAUCGUGGUGUGCGCCGGAGAACAGAUUAAGAAAGUUCGAUCGUUGAUUCUAAAACACCAUCCGACAUGCAAAAGCAACCAUCUAUCUCAUCUGGGCCAUCCUGGACGUGUUGGUUGAAUUUGGUCAGCCUGUGAGGGAUAUGGUACUCGCUAUCGGACCAACAUCAGACCUGCAAAGUUCCUUGUUGCCUCUCACGGUAGCAUCGCGUGGCUGUCACAGCAACGAAACCAGGACGAGACCUGCAUCAAGUCCUUGCAAAUAUAACAGCCAUGUGUCAACCGAGAAGUUUAGUCCAGGCUUCGAUGAGUUGCGCUCGCGUACUAGGAGACUAUCCUACUGAGAAGUGGCAACCACAAAAACUAUAUACUACGCACGAAUUAGACAAUGUUGCGUCUUCUGGACGAAUGUACUGCUGC